AUGCUGCGUAUGUGUGAGGCUUACCAGGUCAACAUCACGGUGCCGCAGCCACCGGAGCUUUUUGAUUCUUUCCUGCGGGCGCUUGAAGAACAUCAUCUUGUGACGUCAUUUAUUGUGGAGGCCAUUUCUGACUGGCGUGAGCCGCUUUCACGUCCAUUUCCUUUUGUCGUCUCCGGGGAAAACUAUCUGUACCGCAUUAUGGAUGACUGCAGCCUGUUGGACGCCAGCCUGCUUGGAAGUCUCAUUGGGCUACGGCUAACGGAAUAUCCGCUUGGCUCACGUAAUGAUGGAGUAGCAGAAUCUAAAAGAAAGCGAGGUGUUUUUAUACGCGGUGUUGGCGGUCUCAUGUGCGUGGAAGGCGAGGGGACGCCUGUCGUCAUGCAAGGAUGGCCGUCGCUGUGGCGGCGUAAAAAAGUGCAGCGGUGGAUACACGAAAUCGAUGCCACCAGUAAACGACGGUGCCCGCUUGGGCGUAAAUUUAAAUGUAGUCCAGCAGAUUUGCAGCGGGGUGAGGCUGUAAUUAAGGAGGAAGGCAUUCUUCAGAGGAACCUGAUGGAUGAACUGUCAAUGAAGGCAGAGCAGGGCCUUUUCGUGACGCUGCUCGCCACACCUGAUAUUGUGAGGGGUGCCAGUGAUGGGCUGCCACUUUUAGAGGGAUGCUCGGCGUUGUGGUGUGAGAGAGCCGUUGGGGGAAAAUUCAUUCACCGCCACUGCCCCGACAACAACAACAACGACAAUGACAACAAAUGA